CCUCUGGAUUUCUCUCAUUUUAGAUAUCUCACAACGGUAAAAGGUCAACUCAAAGGUUUAUGUCAAGUUCAGCACGCGCCGUUUGCUAAGGGGUCUGGGGCUGUUGACUCCAGAUACGGCUUACAGUGCCUGUCCAUGAUGCUUAGUACCACGUCGCUGGAACCAACCCAUUACGAUGCAGUUGUUUUCAAUUUUGGAAUGCACGACAUCGAUUAUAGCAAGUUGUUUCCAGAGGUAUGUAGGUAUUAUUUUAUUCAGCUCUUUCUGUGCAGUUUUCGUUUUAUAUUACAAAUAUUUUUUUCUUUGAUGAAGUUGAGUUCCAACAAUUUAUUGGAGGUUUGUUGAUAUGAGAGAUUCAGACUAAACAUUGCUCACUCCACCCAAAUUUUACUUUUCUUUAGGAAUUCGUCCCACUAGAAGAGUAUGGCCAAAACCUCAGGAAAAUUAAAAAUAUUAUCCUUCAAAGAGGAGCUCAGGUAGCCUUUGCUCUCACAACGCCUGUUCCAAUCGCUGGACGGAGGAACAAAAGAGUCAUUGCGUACAACAAAGAAGCUGUAAGGUAAAUUUUUAAUCUUUGAUAUGCCUUUGUUUAACGAGGACAGAUGUACAGAUUAUCGCUAUUACUUCGCACGUAGUUGGUUUGUCCCCGUUCGACAAAGAGCCAAUCAGAAUGAUCCGCGCUCCCAGUGCUUAGAUUCUAAGCUCAGUUUGUUUGUUAUUCUUAUUUCUUGGCCUCAUUUGAACUUCAAUAUAUUUAAUCGAAACACUGUUGAAUUACAAUUUGAAUUAUCAGUUACUGUAUAAAAUUGUAAAAUGUCAUAAAUCAGUUCUAUCAGCCAGUUAGUCUGACAGGCAUUUACAUAGUUUUGAUCUCUGAAUGAACCUUCUGUUUAUAAUUAAAUUAUAUGAAAAAAGCGGUGUGUCAUAAUUAGAGACCUAGCAAGGUCAUUUUACAACACACUUUACCCUCACAAUGGUUGUCUCCAAGUAGGAGUACAAAUGAAUACCGGAAGUUAGAAACAAAAACCUCAUUUAAGAGAAGUAGCAAUAGUCUCAUUGCAUAGUUUAAAUCACAUGACUUGACUCUUUCUGUGUUUGUAGAAUAAUGGAGGAGGGCCCCAGAGUGGAUAUUAUAGAUCUUCAUGCUGCUGUCAUCAAAGUUUGUGGAGAGCCACCUUAUGAUACUUGCAGUAUCAUGAAACAACCUCGAGACGUGGUAAUGAAUUUUUCAUGAUCACUCGCCAAAGUACCCUUUUUUGUUUCAACCAGUCAGUAAGAAAUUUCAAAGGACUGCUAAUAAGCGGGCAGCGGUUUCUAGAAAUUCCCAUUCCUUUUUUUUAAGGCAUGCAGUGUUGAGUUUACGAGAUAGUUAUUAUCAAUUUUAUGAAUCACAAAAUCAAUUAAAAAGUUAUAUUUAUACGAACUGAAAUCAAAAGCAAAUUGAUUGCGACUAUCAAUAUCGACCAAUCUUGAUUUACAAGGGCAUGAAAAACUCAUAUCUCUUAGUUUUUGUUUCAUCAAAGUAUUGCAAACACUAUGAUAAUUGUUUAAACUAAAAACGGGUAAAGGCAAGGUAAUAGUCUAUUUUGACGUGGUUCUUUGGCACAGUUAAUUACUCCGCGUUUUAGACCCUCUUAUGGAUAAAAAAGUCAUCAAAAUGAAAUUUAUUUUCUUUCUUAAUUUUUUGCUUGAAGCACUUUAAUCCCAAAGGAAGUCACAUCCUUGGAGUCAGAGUUGGUGCCGCUUUUCGGAGCCUUUUAUCUAGAGCGAAACCCCGAGGUUUGUAAGAAUGAACAGUUUCUUGAAUUUCCCUUUUCGUUUUUUAAGGCAUGCAGCGUUGAAUUUACGAGAUAGUUAUUCUCAAAAUUAUAUCCUAGGCCAACUGUCUCCUCCCAAAGCCCCAGAACUGUCGACGAGAGAAGGUAAGAAGUUAGAGACGUGUAUUGUUCGGAGGGAUGUUAUAUUUCUAGGGAAAAAAAUUCUGACCGUGUUGAAAAACUAAUUAGGCUUCCAGUUAUCAUCUCGUUUAGUUAUUCUUUGCUGACAAGAAGAGUUUCAUUUCAGGGCUAGCAAGUGCUUAUCUGCAUGAUGAUACUUCGUUUUGCCCGGAUAUGGUGACCAGAUGCCCGGCACGGACCACGUGUUGUGAGGACCUACUCUCCUUGACUGGUUACGGAUGUUGUAUGGCGCCUGAUGCAGCACGUUGCCCAGAUAGUUGGCAUUGUUGCCCCAGGGGAUCCCAUUGCUCCACUAGUUGUAACUUCAGAUCGUGCAGAUGUAUUUUCCCCUUUGCGCAUCCUAUUUCGGGAAAACUAACUAAGGAAGGAGCGAGGAUCAAUGUGGAAUCAAAGUCUGAAUCGGGUUUACGUCCUGUAGGCAGUGAAGGCACGGCCCAGAAAGCAAAGGCGAAAAACUUGAUGUCUAAGGAAACAGAGGGGAAGGAAAAUAAAUACAAAGCGAACCUUGAUAAUAAUCAAACAAAACUGCGUAAAAAGGGCGAAGGAAAGUCCAAACACAAAGUUAAGCCGAAAGAGAGCAAAACUGAACGACUAAAGCAAAGGCGAAAGGAUAAGGCACGAAAAAAGACGAAGAAAAAUACAUCGAAACCACAUGAAAAUCGCUUGAGCGCCUACAAACUUAAGAAAUCAAGGAAAGUUAAAACAAUCCAGAAGAUUAGCAAAAAAGUUGUCAAGGCCCACCGAAAACAUCAAAAGACAAGAUUCCACCACAAAAAGAAACAACACUGGAUAAACGUAUUUCAGUAUGGAUUUGGCGCACUGAAGAAGCACAAACCUCACAUUACGUUUUCUCACACUUGGGGGAAACGAAAGCAUCAAAAAUUGUCAUUCAAAUCAAACAGACAUAACCACAAAAGACCAAGAAUAGAUAUCUCGAUGACAGAAGAACUGAAGCAUCUCAUAGUUAAUCAUCGAAAGGAGAAGCUUCGUGCGAGAUUGAGGCUCCAUAGUGAUGCUCCUGAUAAAUAUUCGCAUGGAAGUGAAGAAAAUCGCCACAUUCAAAGGACUAAGUCAAAAAAAUUAAAGAGAUGGAGAGGAAAAAAAUUUAACCGAGUUAAAAUAAGGAGGAUUUUAACUCAGCCUAAGACAAAGUAUCAUGAGAAACAUCGACACUAUGCAAGGAAGCCUAUUUUACGUCAUAAGCUGAAAAAAGAUGGGAAACUCAGAAAAUUUGCUAAACAAAAUGCCGAAGGUAACUCAAGGGACGGUCACUUGAAGGGUACAUUACAUUCCCGCGAAUGGAAUACGUUGAAUGUUAAUCACUUGGACGAGAACACAUCUGCUCAUGGGGCCACAAGAUUCUCAGAAAGCGGAAAAUCAAAUGAUUCUAGGAUUUUAAUUAAAAAAGCUGCGUUCAAAGAAAAAAUUCCCUUAGGAAGCUAUGGAGAAGAACAGGAUAUCAAACUAAAUUUGAUUAACAAUAUAUGUAAUUCAAGUAGUGCUCAUGAAUCUGCAAGUAUAAAUGAAAAUGAACAUAACUAUUCAUUGAAUGUGCCACCUACCCGUAUCGCUCCUCAAUCUGACGAAGAUCUUCAAGGCUUUUCAGCAAUGCGCCUUCCAAAUGUGACCACCAACUGUACUGGAAAAAUCCCGGAUAAAGGAAAACCGAUACGAAAUUCAUUAACAAUAUUUAAAGCAUACCCAAAGCACAGUAGUAUUGAAGGAAGCGGACAAGAUGAUGACAGAGUGAGAGGCAGUGGGAAGGUUGCAAAUAACGCAACAUCAAAUGAAGGACACUCGAAUAAAAGUAGUGUAAAGUACACCGCAAAUACGAGAAACGGCGGUGCUUUUUUAACGUCAGGUACGGGUAACAAAGUGUGGAUAGAUUCAAUCUCAGGUUUCGGUGCAAAUGGACUAGAGGCAGAUGGAUCUUCUUUUGGCUCCUCGAGUGGCUUAGAGGAAUCCAUUCCGAGUAGCGGUGACUUUGAUAGACCGGAGUUUGAUGCGUAUGGUGAAAGCUCAGGAGAUGAUCCGGAGAAAGUUAUAGCUGACAGCGAACUGCAACGGGCAGACGGAAUCAAAAGUUCUAAUAAAGCAAGUUCAUUUGGGAGCAAUUGGAACACGCCCAUUAUUUUAAGUGGCUCCAGUAAUGGGAACACUGUUGAAAACGGAGGACGUCGUGAAUUUGGAGGAGAAGCCGAAUAUGGCAUAGAAAGGGAUGUUGACAAGGUAAUAACCUUUUCUGGUGACAAGGAAGCUACUUAUUCGGGAAGUGCUUUUUAUAGUGGAACAAAUUCGUUCAGCCAAAAUAAUAAAGCAAUGGCGAAUGAACAAGCCAUUAAACAAGACGGCGAGGAUUUCUUUUCAACAUCUACCAAAUAUGUUUUCCCUCAGACGACAGAAAAUGAUUGGUCCUCAGGAGAAACUUUCAGUGGAUCUGAGUCAAGUAGUAGCCAUCAGUCUGGUACAUCCGGAUGGGAAAACAGUGGCGAGGAUAGCUCUUACUCAGGACAUCUCCCUGUUGUUGCCCGCGGAAUCUCGAGUGUCUCUGUCUCUGUCUCUGCACACCAAAGCGAGGUCGAUUUUGAUGGUAAAUACGAUGCCAGUGGGGUGGCCAACGAGGAAGAAGUUACUCGGGGUAAGAAAAGUGAUAUCGGUGGUGCAAUGAAAAAUAAUCAAAAGAACCUCGUUAAGACUGUGAGAGCAAAUCAUGAGACAAAUAGAAGUCGUACGUCAUGGAAAGAUGAGGAUCUUCAACAGCUGUUGUAUUGGUUGUCUACUAGUGAUGACGACAGCCAUUUUAAACAAACGCCAUCUUCAACAAAUCUGGGGCCUUUGCAUUACGUUAAUCAAACAGAGUCUAGAUAUUCACAUAUGCGAAGACUUCAUGAAAUGCUGUUGCAAAAGGUUUUCCCAGAUUUCUCCAAAGGGAACGAGCAGCCGAACCUGGAAGAAAGUGAAGGUGAAGAAAAAGUAAACGUGAAUUGA